AUAAUUUGGCAGAUCUGCCAACAGCAGUUCGUGGCAACAGUAACCGCAUUACAGUAUACUCGUGGCCGUCCGCAGACGCUAUCGUCCGAUUUCUUGUAGAUCCGAAAAAGAGUGUUUGAAUAUCGUAUGACCGAUCGUUUUUCAACACUCCUGUCGGUCUUUCUUCACGUACCUUUUUGGUUUUUCAAUUAUUUUGAUUUCAUCGUAUACGUCGUGAAUUUAGUCGGUUACAUAUCGCUCAAAUAUAUUAAACCCCGCGAUCAUCGUCGUCUUCGUUCAUAACAAUCCUAUUGCAAAAUAUUUCGCUUCACGAGAAUUUUCUAACGAGACUCGUUGGUCCACGUUGCGCACACAUCGAUUGACUUAUCUCAGCGGCAGAAUAUAAAAAAACGAACUAUUAUACUCAAACUAAUAUUUCGAACGGUGGUUUUCGUUUCGGAAUUAAACGUAGAGUCCCGACACCAGUUUCUUUUUAGCCUUCUCGAUGGGUUUCCUGGAUUGGUAUUUGAAUUUAGGGCUAGUAUUAGGGGAUUUGGAUGGUUUGCAAGGCGUGCACGAAAGAGUUUGUAUAAUGAAGUGGCUGUUUCAGUAAUUGUUGAAGAAAAUCCUAAGAACAAUAUGUCAUUGACUAGUGUACAUUCCAUAAACAAUCAAAACCUGAGGACCAUCAACGACAAAAUGUUCGAUAAUAUGGAUCUAGUCGGUGAUAUCGAACCAGCAGUUACUCUUGAAGAGCUUAAAGAAGUUUUUAAGUAUUGUUUCCGUUGUGGAGUCAACUGGGAGCAACAUCACGUAUCACUUGAUUGUUUUGAAUGCGGGGGAUACUCCCUCGAGAGGCCUUGUCCUAUAUGUGAUGGUCACUGUCGUAAUAUUUGGAAACGUGAUCUUGAAGAAUCGCAUAGAAGUGGUGAGGCAAGCUGGAUUGGAGAAUGUUCUUCAAAAUGUGAAGAAAUGGGACGUGAUGUCAAUCAAAUAUGCAACAGGCUCGAGAAAGUCAAAGCCACCUUCUGAACUCGCGAGAGAUAAAAAAACUGAAAUAUUACUGAGUAUUAUUACAAACUUGGUAUACAUGUGUCGGUAUUCUAUUAAUUUUAACUUUGUCAAAAGUUUACUGCAUAAUUUCCUCGUGGUGAACUUGUUUUUGGAAUGAUACGAAUUCUCAAAAUGAUUUUUCUAUGUAAA